AUGUCGAUCUCAGUCCCACUGAUCUCCUUCAUUGACCAAUCAAUGCUCACCGAUGAGCAAACCUAUCUCGACGAAUGGCAAAACUCGUCGCAAAUCCUCUUCUACUCGGUACUUUUCGUUGGUUUUUUCACGCUACUUAUCAUAUUUCUAAGCUUUUUGUAUAUUCACGGCAAAACUGGCAAAAAUGUGCAUUUUCUGCCAUUUUUCAGUGCGAUUUUAGCUGGGAACUUUGUACUUUUGGGUACUUUGGUGGCAAGUGUAAUUGUGGAGAAUAGCGAUGUGAUUUAUGACACAAUUCCUGGCGUCUGGGUAUGCAAAAUGACCGCGUUUUCUGUGAAUUCAUCGUCAUGCUUUAUUCACUGGACUUGGGUGGCAAUGUAUGCAGAUCGUUUUUGCUACAUUUUCUUUCCGUUCCGCUUCCGUCGACACUCGAAAUUCCGCACCAAAUGCAUUUUGUGCACGAUUUUGCUGAUUUCCAUGUGCUUCCAGUUAUGGACCCCAAUUCUUAUCACCGGGAGACGGCUGGAUAGUCAAUUUGAUAAUAUUUAUUGUGCGGAGGAUCCGAGGUUUCAAAAACAUUUUCAACUAAUCAUGGUGCUAGAAGUGAUCACCACUUUCUUUUUACCACUAACUCUCACAAUUUUUGCGGACAUCUCCGUUUUGACGUGGAAAACCAAAAUCACAAUGGUAACUCAAAAUGAGAUAUCGUCAAAGACAAGUGACAUGGGUUCCCGGAAGCAUAGUCACAUCAAAAUUGUCUCGGAAAACUGCUUAAGGAACAGUCUAAAACGGCGAUCCCAUGACAUCAGGAGAUGUCUCAUUUCUGCAACAAUCACUAUGAUUCUAAAUUUCCCAAAUUACAGCUUACAGGUUCUUGACGAAUUUUUCAAUUUACGGGAAAGUGGGUCAAUUGACGUUCGGAGGAUGUUUUUGAGGGUAUUUAAAAAAUGUUUUUGA